AAUUAACAAGCGCGUCUUUUUUCAAUGAAUGAAUUAUUAUGACGUCAGUCUGCGCAGAUCCAGUGCUUAAGUAAAGUAUAGUAAAGUAAUUAAUUACUUUAACUUUCAAUAGCUUUAAGUAGAACAUUUCACUUACAAGUAAACAACUAAACACAUUUUAAAUAAAAUAAUAUUUUUUUGUGACACUUGAUCAGGCGUAUUUAAUCGAUAUUGUAUUUCACACUUGAAAUGGAAACAGUGAGAGUGUAAAAAGGAAACGACGUUAUUGCUAUAAGUAUAUGAUUGUUAAAAUGUUUAAAUAAUAUCGGCGUAAUUUGGACUUGAAUUAUACAACUUUUAAGAUGGGUAUACGUGUAAUUGCAUGCAUUGUAGUAUGUUGUCUUAGCAUUUUCCAAGAAGAAGUAGCCAGUCAGAGAGUCUACACAGUAAAUGAUACAACUACGUUACAAAGAGACAUGUUGGCUAAUUACGAUAAGAAACAAAGACCACAGUCACAAACAAACCUUUUGUUGGAAUUUGGACUGUUGCAUAUAACUGAACUGGACAUUGUAACUCAACGUUUAUUCAGUAUGGGGUUUCUUUUAAUUGACUGGAAGGAUGACCGAUUGCAAUGGACACCUUCAAAUUACGGAAAUAUAACGGCUUCUAUGUUUAGACUUUCUGACAUAUGGAUCCCGCCAUUAGUUUUGAGUAAUGCAGCUGACGAACUAAAGAUACUAGGUGACAAUUCUGAUUUCGCAAGUUCUCCUGUAUAUGUGGCUUCAACAGGGGAUGUCGUAUGGAUGGCACCUGCCAGUUUUGUAGCACAAUGCACAGUCAACAUUAAAUACUAUCCAUUUGAUUCACAAAGCUGCAAGUUAGUGGUUUCGUCUUGGUUGUUUCUUGAAUUUAUGAUAGACCUUGGUGCAAUGUCACAAACCAUCAACCUUGACAUUUAUGAGGAACACGGCGAAUGGGAAGUCACUGGGACAUCAGUAACAAACAGAACAAGAUCAAUCAGUGGUUACCAGCUGGCAGCAAUAGAUUUCACUCUUGAACUGAAGAGAAAGUAUUCAUACUAUCUGUUGAACAUGCUCCUCCCAGUUAUAAUUCUUGCUACGAUGGCGCCAUUUGUUUUCAUUCUGCCGGUAGAAAGCGGAGAAAAGAUUAGCUUUGCGCUGACAAUUUUAUUGUCAUUGUCGGUUGUUAUGACAAUAGUUUCAGACAAUAUACCGCCGACAUCAACUCAUAUCUGCGUUUUGAGUGUCUAUUUAUUAAUGACAUUUAUUCUGUGUUCUGUACAAACACUGGUCACGGUGCUUGUAUGCAGAGUUCAUGAGCUCCAUAAUAAGACUUACAUCAUGGGUACAACAUGCAAGAAAACUGUCCGGCUUCUUGCUAAGCUAACAAAAUACAGACGAAGACCCAGAGGUGAUGCCUUGUCCGAGGUAAAAGAUGUACAUGGUAUCAAAGAGACUCAAGUUGUCAGCCAAGAGAAAAUUGACUUACCAAAAAGUAAAGGCACCGCUUGGGCUGAAAAUGAAACUGAUAAACCAGAGGAUGAUAGCAUAGACGAACAUAUUGAAUACACAUAUGAAGACAUGGUGAUCAUGUCGGAGAAAUUCAACUUUUAUCUUUUUACUGUCUUGACCUUACUCACAACAAUUAUUUGUAUGAUCAUUUUGGAGACGAAUGGUGGGGAAUCAGUGAAAUAGCUUUCAAAUAACAUAAACUAUAUUCUUGUACCCAAAUGAUAUUAAUUUGUAUAUAUAUUGUGUUAACAAACAUGGUCAUACCAUAACCAUUUCACAACAAGUCACGCGUUGUAUUCACCCUACAAGUAAGGGCCUCGUUUGGCAAACUGUUUUAAAGACCUGUACAAUUGGAGGUACGGCUUCAAGAAUUCAAAUGCAAUUAUGCCGGGAUAUUUUUCUUUUAGCUUUUAUUCUCAUUACUGAUAUGUCAGCCGUGUUUCUAAAAAACUAAUGUGUGUCGAAAAAAUAUCAUUAACGAGCUGAAUUAGUGUAAGAAAAUUUCCUGUUUUGAAUUUGGAAAAUGUUGAAUAGAUCAUAAUAUCAAAAUACAGAAAGUGUAGAACCUUGUCGGAGUGCACAGAUAUGCAUGAACGCCGGUCUGGCUUUAUAAUGGUGGCAAAGGCUGAUCACUUUCGGUUCAAGCAGGUUAAGGUUGAACGUGAUAUGUUUUAAGAGUUAUAUACUUGCAAUGUAGUGUGUAUUGAAUUAAAAACAUAUAUUAAUGUUU